AUGAGUGCAAGUCGAUAUGCAGUUGUUCGACGUCUUAGUCGAGUACUUCUAUUACCAUUACAUGGUCAUACUACGACUAAUGAUAGUAUGCGUCGUCGAAAAUUUAAAGAUUCAUCUUUACAUGAUGAUCAACGAAUAUGUACAAAAGAAAAUUGUUUAACAUGUUGUAAAAAAUUUACUGCAUUUAUGUUUUCACGUGUUGGUCUAUUUCUUGUUAUGAUUGGUUAUGUUGCAUUAGGUGGUUGGUUAUUUCAAACAUUGGAAGCUCGUAAUGAACAAGAUAUGCGUCGUUCAAUGAAUGAAAAACUUAAUACAACACUUUAUAAAUUAUGGGAAGAAAUUUUACGUGUUAAUUCAUAUCCAUAUCAUGAUAAAAAAGGAAAUUUUACAUUAAAUGCAACACAAGAACUUGAAAAAUUUGAAAUAACAGUUAUACAACAAGUACAACAAGGUUUUGAUGGACGAACAAGACCAGGUGCUGAUCCAGAUUGGAAUUUUUUUGGAGCAAUACUUUAUGCUGUUACACUUAUAUCAACUAUAGGUUAUGGUCAUAUAACAACAAAAACUGUAGCAGGAAAAAUUGCUACUGUACUUUACAGUGCAUUUGGUGUACCAUUAAUGAUGCUUUUUGUUGCAAAUAUUGGUUCAACAAUGGCAAAAUUAUUUGCUUUUGUAUUUAGUCGUAUAAAAAAAAUUUUUUGUUGUCAAUGGAAAAAUAAAAAAAAACGAACAAAUAUAAAAAAAUUUCAACAAAAAAAUAAUCAAAUAUCAAUUAAAAUUGAUGAAAAAAAAUCAAAUUUAAAACGAAUUAAAAAUGAUCAUGAUACAGUAGAAAAAACUUUAAUUGAUAAUAAUAUUGAUCAAACAUCAAAUAUUAAUUCACCUUCUGAACAUAAGAAAAUUUCAAUAACAGAUACAAAAGAAUUACCAGCUGAUAUUCGUUUAGAUAUGUUAACAGGAGUUUCAAUAAAUAAGACAAAAUCUCAUUCAUUAACAUCAUCACCAAAUAUAAUUGAUGAACGAUCAAAAGAUGCACUUGUUCGUAUUAAUGAACUUAUUCGUCAAAAUUCCGUCCAUGAUGAUGAUGAAAAUAAAAUUAAUGAUAAUGAUAAUGUUUUAUUAACAUCAACUAAUCAAAAUGAACAACAAAUAUCUAAUAAUAUGAGUUCAAUACAAUUUUAUAUUGAUGAAACAAAUAAAUUAACAAAUAAUUUAGAAAAUUCACUUAAUGAUCAAAAUAUUAUAAAAUUACAAAAAAAAGAAAAAUUAGAUAAUACAAAUAUUCAACAAGAUAUUAUUUCUGAGAUUCCUUCUAUUACUAUAACAACCAAUGAUGAUAUAAAUAAAAAUUCAAUUGAAAUAGAUAAUACAAUAAAAAAAUCUUCAAAACAAAAAUUAAAACGUUCAAAAUCUGAAUCAACACAUAAUCGUAAAUCACAUAUAAAAAUAAAUAAUAAUAAUAAUGAAAUAAAUAAAUCUUCUCGUCGACGAUUUUUUUUAUAUAAAAAAAAAAAAGAAUCAAAAAAAAUAAAUGAAAAUAAUUCAUUAGAACAAGAAAUAAAUCAAACAACAACUAGAAAAUUAUCACAAAAAUCUCAAAGUUUUGAUGAAAAUUUACGUUCAUUAUCACCUCCACCAAAUUAUGAAGAAUCUACUAUACAUAAUAUAACAUCAUUACCAAUGGUAACAUGGAAACCUGAUAAUGAAUUACAUUCGACAAAAAUUCCAUUUAAUAAUCAUAUUGAAAUUGAUGAUGAUAAUAAUGAUGAAUUAUAUGAAGAUGAACAAAUGAGUGUACCAUUACUUGUUACUGUUUUUGUCAUUCCGCUUUAUUUAACACUUGGCGCUAUAUUAUUUAAUAUAUGGGAACAUUGGGGUUUUCUUAAUUCAUUUUAUUUUUGUUUUACAACAUUAACAACAAUUGGUUUUGGAGAUUAUGUACCUGGUGCAUCAAUAACGGUUUCUGCUGCUAAAGAAAAACUUAUAUCAGCUUCAUUGUAUAUUUUACUUGGUCUUGUACUUAUUGCAAUGUGUUUUAAUUUAAUGAAAGAACAAUUAAGUCAAAAAGUUAAACAAAUUGCUAGUAAAUGGGGAAUUUUACAAAUAUAG